GCGCUUGCGCACUUCCACGUUCCAGUUUAAUAUCUUUAAUUACCUUUCAGGGCCCUAAAUGAUUGCCGAUUAAAAUUUGGGGGCCCUCAGGGCCCCCACCGGACAUAUUUCAACAAUAACCAGCUGCAUAAACCAAUAUCCGUCUUUGGAAUCUGUCAAAGUGCACGGUCGCUACGUCAAAACAAAGCUAGGUUAGUUUACGAGACAUGAGCCUCAAAUUGCUCAGCUGCAAGAGCCUCGGAGGCUUAGUGGGGCGCAGCUUCAGCAGCCAACGGAAGAUCGUCAGCACAUCGGACGGGUCCACCCUGGUGGCGUGGCACCCCAAGCAGGACUUCCCCUAUGAGUGCACGCGGCCGCUACCACAGCAAACCACAGAAGAAGAUGCCUCCGUUUUGAAGACGAAGCUCACGCCUGAGCUGCUUUCGAUCUUCAACAAGAAAACGCCCGAACAGGCCAGGGCUGAGCUGAUGAGCAUCACGCACACCACUAAGCAUCGCUGGUUUCCCUUGGCAAGGCGCAAGAGGUGGCGCAAGACCUCCCCGGAUAGGGAGUAUUUGUGAGAUUCACUGCCUUCAGCUUGUUGUAUUAUGUAGAACUCAAUAAAUCUGGGGUUAAUAAAAAAUCCAGUUUUGGUCUCUUACUUUA